AUGCUUGAUUAUACACAAGAAGCAGGCUGGUCACCGACAUUAACACCAUCAUCAUCAAGAAUAAAUUUAUCUAUCAGUGGUCAAUUACAAUCUUAUUGUGAUUUAAUAUAUCAUCAUAAAUUAUAUGUUGAACAUUUUACAGCAAUAACAACACAUUAUCAAUUAUUAUUAUUAUUUUUUAUUUUAUCUUAUACAUCAUACAUCAGUUGCAAGUCAUUUAUUCGUUUGUGAAGGAAUACAUUUAUAUGAAAGUGGUCUUAUAUUAGUUUUAUUAAUUGAACAAUUUCUUCCAUUACCAUUAAAUAAACAAUUAUGACCUAAAUAUAUACCAUAAAUUUUAUAAAUAUUAUCAAUAACAAUAUCAAUCGAUAUUAUUAAAGAAGAUUUUAAUAAUCUUAAUUGUCCUAUAGAUAUAACAAGAAAAAUUUAUGAACAAAUACUUAAAAAUCUAACUUAUAAAAAAUGAUUACCAUUUAUGAUGUCACCGGUAUAUUUUAGUUUAAUUUAUCUAAAUAAAUAAAUAAAUAUGUAUAAUAAAAAUUUUAAUCCAAUUAAAAGAAAUUUUUUUGUUUUUACUUUGACAUUGUUUAUAUGCUAGUAAUAGAUGAUACUUUUGAAUAAUUCAAAACUUCGAAAAAUAUUUUGAAAUAGAAAAUAUGCAGAAUUUCAGGUAAUACAAAUCGUAAAGGAAAGCAUUUAAGCUACAUUAGUACAAUGACCGAAUAAUUCCUCUCGAAUCUUAUUGAUCAAGUUCUCAGUCGUGCUAUUUGUACUGUUACAAUUAAAGAAAACGACGUCUUUCUAAUAUUAUAUUUCGAAAUAAAUUGCAUUCGAGAAUUUCGAUAAACUUUCUAUAAUUUUGAACUCGUGAACUCCGAAAACGAAUUGGAUUUUUUCCACAGCAUUAAAUUUUUAGGAUGAUUCUUAUAGUAAAUGAAAAUUGAUUUGAGAAAAUACGAAACAAUAUAAAUCUGUUCUUUGUUUGGUUUCCUAGGAUUUUGUAUAGUUAUGUUAAAUGAAACAAAUUAAAAUGACAUUGAACCAACACCUAAUACAAUUUAUAAAAAAGUCUUUUAUCAUGCUUCUAAUAAUCAACCGUAUUCAAUUGCAUUCAUAGAUUCUAUAUCAAUAUAUUUUGAUAAAAUACAAAAUCAUGUUGAAUUAACAUGUCAAUUUUCAACAGGUGAUAUACGUGAUUUAUUACGUUUUAUAAUAUUUAUAUCAGAAAUAAUUUAUGUAAAUAUAUUUCAAAAAAAAAAUCAUUUCUUAGUUGUGAAAGAGAUCAAAUAAUAUCAUGUUGUACAUUAUCGAAAACACUAUUAUGAAUAUUUGAAUAUCUUUAUCAACGAGAUGGUUUAACUAUAUCAAAUAUAUUAUAAUCAUAUUUAAAGGACGAGUGGCGGUAAGACCAUUUUUCAUUCCCUAAUAUUUUUGAAAAAAAAUUGUAUGGUUAGA